AUGCCCUGCUUCAAGGGUAUCGCGGUUAGCAUUCACGCAAAUGGUCCGAUCCCAGAGCAUGGCAUCGUGAAGCAAUCUCGGGCCUCGAGGGUCACGUCGUAUAUUCCAGUGCCCGAGCCGACUUUGAACCCGGAGACAGGCGCUCAAGAGCCAGCCAAAUUCGCCAUAUCCAUAACGCUCCUCACCAAAGGCCUCCAGAUCCCGUAUUCGACCCCACCACCGACAGCCGAUGAUCCCUACCCGAAGCCACGUAUAGUCGGCGCCCCCGGUCAGAAUGGCAGUGUUAGCCCGUACAUACCGCUCACAUCGUCUGAGAACGAAACGAUAGCUGCUUAUAUCUACUUCGAUGGGCGAGCCAAAGAAGAGGUGGCGACUCUCUUGAGGCCAGGUGAGGAAACCUGGGUUAACAGUCGCUGGGUGCAGGUGCCAGAAUCCGAGGGCGGUGGCCUCGCGGAGAGAGAAUUUCUGUUUCGUGAGGUCGCUCUUGAGAGGUGGCUCAACGGUCUCGAUUUGAAGGGCCACGAUGCCGCUGAUAAGCUCGAGAAGCGCAAGCACAAGUACGAGAGGCGACAACGUCGCCAAGAAAAGGCGGCGGCCGCGGCCGAAAACGGAGGAAUACGCAGCACGUCGCCUAUGGACUCAGACUCGGAUAACUCGUCGGCUGAAUCAGAUGAUGAAAUACCCGAGGCCGCAGGCCAGAUCAAGGUGGCUAUGUUCCGCGUGCUGGCGUCUGGUGAAAUCAAGAAGGGCGAGUACUCUCCGCAGUUCGAUGCUCAUGACGAUGACGACGAUGAUGGGGCGGGUGGGAACCAGAACGGCACAGGGGUCGGGGCGGAUGUCGAACACACAACCAGCUUUGCCAAGCCUAAAACGCUUGACCCCAAGACUAUCAGCACCCAGACGGUUACCGGCAUUGAUGGUCCUGACAAACCAUAUGCUACUUUUACCUUUUUCUACCGUGGAAAACGGCAACUGGAAAAGAUGGGCGUUCUCCCGUCAUCCAAGACGCAAGCAACUCCUUCCAGCGCCGUCAAGCGGAGAUCUGCCCAAAUCGAGCUCCCCAAACUGGGACCCCUCAAGACUGGUGGCACAGUAGGCUUUUCCGCUUUCCGUGAUAACGAUGCGGAGACGGCGAGGCGAAGAAAAUCCCGCAAGAAGUCCAUUGCUGGUAGUCCCAGCACCGGAACUGCUGCCAUGGCAGCAGAUUCCGACAGCGACGCGGAUGACGACCUGAUUGCAACCAAAAUGGAGGAUAUGGACGAAAAGGACGUUAUCCAAACGGGAGCCACCCUCAACCCUGACGAAGCCAAGUUUUCGGGGGAGCUUGCAGACGGUGUCGAAAGGAUUCACCUCAAAAGGGCGCGAUCCGCAGACCCAGAUAGUGCCGCUGCCAACUCAGCCAAGACUGAAAACCAGCAACCAGCUAGCCAGUCGAACACCCCAGACAAUAAGUCCUUACUCGAGAGCUUGUCGCCCGUUCCAUCCACCAGCGCCACGUUUGGCGGCGCCUUGAACAACAAGAAUAUCCUGGAUGAUGCGAUCGUGGGUAGUCCACUCAAGAAGCAACGAGCCCUCAGCGGGCCUGAUGCCGAGAAGCUAUCUCAAGCUGCAGGUCUGGGGAGCAUACUUGCCCAAGUUCAAGCCGGACAGACUCCUCAAGCCAGUUCAGGUCUACAACCGUCAGCUAUGAAGCAGGAAGACGAAGAGGAGGAGCUUUGA